AGCCGCGAACCCAAUCCGGGUCAAUUGUCUUUGUCUUCUGCCGUGUUAUUUCCUCUCCUUUCCUCUUUUUCCGGUGGUUCCUUGAAUCCUCGGCCCCGUCAUGGUUGCUCCUCAGCUUUUCCGCUCAGCACGUCUGCUGUCGUCGCGUCUGUCGACCCCCAUCCGCCCUUCGUUCCAGCAGUCUGCGUGUGUUCCUUCGGUCCUGAGCUCCCGGAAAUAUGCCACGGAGAGCGGUGUGAAGGAGGUCACCGUCCGUGAUGCGCUGAACCAGGCUCUGGCUGAGGAGCUGGAGGCCAACCAGAAGACUUUCAUUCUCGGAGAGGAGGUUGCGCAAUACAAUGGAGCUUACAAGGUCACAAAGGGUCUUCUGGACCGCUUCGGACCCAAGCGGGUUAUCGACACUCCCAUCACCGAGGCCGGCUUUUGCGGUAUCGCGGUCGGAGCCGCUCUGGCCGGCCUGCACCCCAUUUGCGAGUUCAUGACCUUCAACUUUGCCAUGCAGGCCAUUGAUCAUAUUAUCAACUCGGCGGCCAAGACCCACUACAUGUCCGGCGGCAUCCAGCCCUGUAACAUCACCUUCCGUGGACCCAACGGUUUUGCUGCCGGUGUGGCCGCUCAGCACUCUCAAGACUACUCCGCCUGGUACGGAAGCAUUCCUGGCUUGAAGGUCGUCGCUCCCUGGAGCGCCGAGGAUGCCAAGGGUCUGUUGAAGGCCGCUAUCCGGGACCCUAACCCUGUUGUUGUCCUGGAGAACGAGCUUCUCUACGGCCAGGCCUUCCCCAUGAGCGAGGCUGCUCAGAAGGAUGACUUCGUCCUGCCCAUCGGAAAGGCCAAGAUCGAGCGUGCCGGAAAGGAUCUCACUAUCGUUACCCUGUCUCGUUGUGUUGGCCAGUCUCUUAACGCCGCUGCUGAGCUGAAGCAGAAGUACGGCGUGGAUGCUGAGGUUAUUAACCUCCGCUCCGUCAAGCCUCUUGAUGUCGAGACCAUCAUCAAGUCUCUCAAGAAGACCGGCCGCAUCAUGUGCGUCGAGUCCGGUUUCCCUAUGUUCGGUGUCUCCUCCGAGAUCCUUGCUCUCUCCAUGGAAUACGGUUUCGACUACCUGACCGCCCCCGCCGUCCGUGUCACCGGUGCCGAGGUGCCUACCCCUUAUGCCCUUGGUCUGGAGCAGAUGAGCUUCCCCCAGGAGGACACCAUUGUCAAGCAGGCCGCUAAGCUGCUGCGCCUGUAAAUUAUGCCUUUUGGCGUAUUGAAGGGGGAUAGCAAGCCCUGAAAAGAAACCCUCGCAGUAAUUCCAUGUGUCUAGUACCCUUUUUUUUGUUAUCCCUCACCCGACAUUUUGGAUCGUUGUACGACUACAUUGAAAGAUUUAACAUUUACCCAUUCUUCCCUG